AUGGCGGUUGGUGCAUCUUCGAUGGCUGGGACUCAGCAAUGCUUUAAUCAGGACAGUAUUGCAAGAACUUUAUACAUAGGUUUUAGUCAUGCAGCUCCUAGUCGGGGGUACCGGCAGUUUGUGCUGGAGCGCCGUCCGGUGCCGCGCUAUGCAGUGAGCGGGCUCAACCGUGGGAGAACGUCUCCUUCUAGUGGCAGACCGGGGCAAGGGGCCACCAGCGGGCGGGCCAGCUCCCCUCCGGCGCCAGGGCUUUGUUUUGGGGCGCUGCUGGCAACUGCUGCUGUCCAGUGCGGUUCCGGGGGGGAAACGCCGACGCAGCGAGGCUGGAAACAGUCCUGUGCAAGCUUGUUUCCAGUGGGGUGGGAUGGUUGGUUUGUUUUCCAGGUUGCACUGCUGGACAUAGAUAUCUGUGGGCCAUCAAUCCCUAAAAUGAUGGGUCUAGAAGGAGAACAGGUUCACCAGAGUGGAUCUGGAUGGUCUCCAGUGUAUGUUGAAGAAAACUUAUGUGUCAUGUCCGUGGGGUUCUUGCUUAGUAGUCCUGAUGAUGCUGUCAUCUGGAGAGGACCAAAAAAAAAUGGGUUGAUCAAACAAUUUCUUCGUGACGUGGACUGGGGUGAAAUCGACUACCUGAUUGUAGAUACACCUCCAGGAACAUCAGAUGAACACUUAUCUAUUGUGCAGUAUCUCGGUGCAACACACAUAGACGGUGCUGUUAUAAUCACCACGCCUCAGGAAGUAUCGCUGCAGGAUGUUCGGAAGGAGAUCAACUUCUGCCAUAAAGUGAAACUGCCAAUCAUAGGUGUUGUGGAAAAUAUGAGUGGCUUUAUAUGUCCAAAGUGUAAGAAUGAAUCUCAGAUUUUUCCCCCGACUACUGGAGGUGCAGAGAAGAUGUGCCAGAACUUAAAUGUUUCCCUCCUGGGUAAAGUGCCUCUAGAUCCUCAGAUAGGAAAAAGUUGUGACAAAGGCCGGUCUUUCCUGUCUGAAGCACCUGAGUCUCCAGCUACAUUGUCUUACAGGAAUAUCAUUCAAAGAAUUCAGGAAUACUGUGAUCAACACCAUUUUCAUGAAGAAAAGAUUAUCUAAUCUAUGAAUGGAAUAAAAAUGUAGCUCAUGUUUAAUUAUAGAAGAGUAACUUAUGCCUUGAUUUAAUAGAAAGAAUGUAUUCUUUUUGUAUAUUGCAAAUAAAUUCUUAAUAUAAA